UGAAAAAUAUGGCGUGUGUUUGGAAGGAGUCCCAGAGCGACGACGAAGAAUUUACAUCUGUUUUUUCUGAUUACGACUUUAGCGACAGUGAUUUUAGCGACGAUGAAAAUAUUGUAGAAGACGGGAAAUCUAAGGUCGGACGAGCCGAUCGCCGAAAUUUACGUUUUUUAGAUGUUUACAUCGAGGUGAACUGUGAAGCCGACGGCGAUGCUGGAAAGUACAAAUGCACAGUGUGCUGUAAGCUCUUCAAGACUAAACAAGGAUGUAAAAACCAUCUCCUAAAUGGACAUAACAUUCGAGACCAUGGUACUGCACCAGGGGAUUCAAAUACGGAAGUAAACAAAGCGAAGACAAAACCAAAGACAAAACUAAAUACUAAAG